AGGAGUGGCUCGACAAGCUAGUGUGCAAGAGGAAUGGAAGAUACCAUUGCUGAGGACGCGGAUCACGGGCCGCUGGACGCCGGCAUGGGGGUGGACGUGCUGGAAUCGGGCGACACGACCCCCCCUACAAAGCGCAAGAGCAAGUUCUCCAGCUUUGGCAAGAUCUUCAAGCCUUGGAAGUGGAGGAAAAAGAAAAGCAGCGACAAAUUUAAGGAGACGUCGGAAGUUUUAGAACGAAAGAUUUCUAUGCGAAAGCCGAGAGAGGAGCUGGUGAAAAGAGGGGUCCUGCUGGAAGACCCUGAGCAGGAUGGUGAAGAAACAGAGAAGCUCAACCCCCCCGCACUGAAGAACGGCCACACGGUCCCCGUUGGGGGCCCUGGAGCCGGUAAUUGGACCAGCCAAGAGGAGGAGGCCACCAAGCCGCCGAGCGCCGGGAAGCCCGUUCCAGCUGAGGAACCAAAGAAGCGGCAGGGCUCAUCCAGCAGCCACCCCGGUGCGGAAUCGGAGCCGCCUCCGGAGCCACAUGUCCCCUGGCAGCCCCUGCUCCCUCCCAAGAGACCCCCCUCGGCUUCGCAGGAGGCGAACGAAGUGCAGCUGAAGGAUCCCGGCAGCGGCGCCGCGAGAGCGGGCGCCUCCACCCCGGCCCCCGCAAGGACCCUCAGCCCCACGGCUGCCCCUUCCCCGGCUCCCAGGACCCUGCCCCUGGCUCCUGCCACCGCCAACACUACUGCUGCCCCGAGCGCGACGGGCACGGCGCCGGCCAAGCAGCCCCCCGUCCCCCCGCCCAAGCCCGUCAACAGGAACAGCAGCUCCGUCAUCGCCGAACUCUCCCAAGCACUGAACAGCGCGCCGGGCUUGUCCAAGCCUUCCCCUCCGCUGCCGCCCAAGAGAGGCGUCCUGCUCUGCAGCAGCUCCGAGCCGCUUCCCGCUCCCAGGGCGCCGAGCGAGCGCGCGGCGAGUCGCCCGCUCCUGGUGCCCGUGGCGCCCGCCUACCCGCCGCCCUCGCCCUCGCCCCCGCUGCCCACACACAUCCCGCCCGAGCCCCCGCGCGGCCCCCUGCCCCUCUCCAGCCCUGCCUUGGACCCUCCGCGCUCCCUGGAGCUGCCCAAAGAGACUCCUCCGCCUCCCGACGACGUCAGGAGCCUGGAAGCGCCGAAGAGGCCGGCGGAGCAGGGCUUCGGGGAGCCUCCCGCGCUGCCCCGGCUGCCCCCCGUCCCCUUGCACAUCCGCAUCCAGCAGGCCCUGGCCAGCCCGCUGCCCGUGACGCCGCCCGCCGAGGGCUCGCACCGGGCCCACUCGCUGCUCUUCGAGAGCGAUGGCUGUGGGGAGGACAGCGGCACCCUGGGCCGCACGAGGUCCCUGCCGGUCACCAUCGAGAUGCUCAAAGUUCCAGACGAUGAGGAAGAGGAAGAUGAUGACCAGGAGGAGGAGCAGAGUUCAGGCCCCCGUGUGUAUAUUGGAGAUGUGCCGUCUGUCACAGUCAUCCCAAAGCUGGUGCCCCAGGCCCUCCCAGAGGAGCAUGAGAGUGAUGAAGGGAUGAGCGAUUCUGACUCGGAGGGACCCAUCCUGUACAAGGAUGAUGAAGAUGAGGAAGAAGAUGACAGCCAUAACAGCAUGCUGGCUAACAAGGUGAAGAGGAAAGACACACUAGCUAUGAAGCUGGGCAUCCCAGCUGCCCCCCACGAGGAAAAGAUCAUCUUCCCUCGCAAGAGCAAGGAGGAGUGGAAUGAAAUUCGGCACCAGAUCGGGACGACACUGAUCAGGCGACUGAGUCAAAGACCGACAGCAGAAGAACUGGAGCAGAGGAACAUACUUCAGCCGAAAAAUGAAGCUGACCGUCAAGCUGAGAAGCGAGAGAUCAAACGCAGACUCACCAGAAAGCUUAGCCAAAGGCCUACAGUGGCAGAGCUGCAGGCCAGGAAGAUCCUGAGAUUUAAUGAAUAUGUGGAAGUAACAGAUGCUCAAGACUAUGACCGGAGAGCAGAUAAGCCCUGGACAAAGCUAACGCCAGCUGACAAGGCUGCCAUCCGGAAGGAACUGAAUGAAUUCAAGAGCUGUGAAAUGGAAGUCCACGAAGACAGCAAGCAGUUCACGCGGUACCACCGACCAUAAUUUCCCAAGAGGCAGCAAGAGACUUGAGAGGACUGCAAGUUCUCAGUGCCCAUCUCCUGGCAAUCCAGUGAGGGUGGACCUCGACUCUUCCAAGCUUUGCCUUCAAAACAUACCUAGAAAAGGGCUCCCGGCCGGGGAAGGGGGAAUCCCAUCUGAAUGUAGCAUUUCACUGGAACAAACACAUCUCGAGUGCCAUCAGGCUGGAACUGAACACUAUACCUCGCACGGCUCAGCAAUACACCCCUCCUGGCACCCAGCGUCCCUGCCUGGAGACCACGCACACCUGAACGAACGUUUCCUCCCCUUGUUCCCUUUCUCAACCAUGCCAGGCCCAGUUCUCAGCUGUACGUACUCCUUACGAUUGGAAACUUGCAGAUUUUCCUCCUUCUUACUAAGGGGAGGGGAAAAAAACCCAGCAGCUCUGGUGUUGGAGAGCUGAGGAAUGGCGAAGCGGAUGUGCCAGGAAGCACGUGUGUAUAUUAGCUGUGUACAGAAACCCUGCACAGAUGCUGACCUGGCGGACAACUGACAUGUGACUCUCUAUUUUUUGUUUCGCUUGCGUCUCCAUAAUGUACUUAAUGUCCUGAAUCACUACUGACCA